AUGUCCAUCCUUUGGCUUCCAUCGGAGCUCCUCAUGCUCAUAGCACACCAACUCGAUAGUCGGGACUUGAAUGCGCUUAUCCAGGCUCAUUCGUCGCUCCACCACGCAUUGAACGAUUACCUUUAUUAUUGCAACGUUCAGUACAAUGACUCCUCUGCGCUGCUCUGGGCGGCAACACACGGCUCUCAAAACACCCUUCGACGACUUCUUGAUGCUGGAGCCAAUGUUCGUUGGAAUUCCGAUUAUUGGACUCGCUCACGACCAUGGGGAAGGCAGGCGCCAUAUCUCAGACGACCCGCAAGUGGACUACGAGAACAUCCAAUAUCUCAUGCAGCGAGUAGCGGGCACGUGGAAGUAGUGCAGCUCUUAAUACAAGAGGGAGCUGAUGUCAAUUUUAAGGAUUGCCACGGUCGGAGUCCACUCGCUUUAGCAGCUCUUAAUGGCCAUCUUGCCCUGGUCAAAACGUUCGUCUCACUUAAUGCAUGCCAACUAUUGUGCAAUAGACGCGGCCAACGUCCUAUUGCAGAUGCGGCUUCUCAAGGCUAUAAUGAAAUAGCAGACUAUCUACUUCGGGAGCUUAGUAGACUCCGCUUUUUCUAUCCCAAAUUGACGAUCCAGUCUGAAAUUCAAUGGAUGCUUUGGUACGCUGCACAACGUGGUGACCAAAGUCGUAUCAAGGAUCUUGUGACGAUGGGGGCCGAUGUCAAUUUCCAAUUCAAAUUCAAUAGCAGCACCCCACUCUAUAUUGCUCUUGCUGUUGCACCAUCUCCAGUGGGUGUUGUUAAGCUUUUACUCGAGCUUGGCGCCGAUCCAAACAUUCAUAAAGCACCAUCGACACGGCGUCGUCUCGGAGGUACCUGGAAAUCUACUCUAUCACUUCAUCGCGCAAUAGAACGAGACGAGAGCUAUCUUCUUAUUAAGCUACUUCUCGAAUACGGUGCUGAUGCUGAUGCCGCUAGUUGGGCUUUAUUUACGGCAGUCAAUCAUGAAAAACCUGCAGAAUUUCGGUUACUUGUUGAGCAUGGUGCAGACAUAUACGUUCACGGCUUGAAGAAAUCCCUCUUCAAACGUGCUCUUGAGUCUCCUUGCGAGGAAAUUCGAAACGUCAUUCUCGAACAGGGGAUCACCUCCGAUACACCAGACCCAGUAGACCACAAAAGUCGAAGAGAAGACAAUGACAGUUGA